AGUUAACCUUACUCCUUUCCGUGGUGACGGCCAGUGAGGAGUGCGACGGGCUAAUCGUUGUUUGCAUUACGACACACCCUUUAAAUGCUCGUCUCGUUUAUUUUCGAGAAAAUCCCAGCGAGGUAGUGACUAGGACACGUUUUAUAUUUACGUCGACAUCGGCCAACAAGAUUUUGAUGUUUGUCGGCCUAUAACCAAUUUACAUCACGGCACAAUGACGGAACAGCAAAUGGAUUGUGCAUUAGAUUUGAUGCGGAGAUUACCGCCGCAGCAAAUUGAGAAAAAUCUUAGCGACUUGAUUGACCUGGUUCCUUCUUUAUGCGAGGAUCUACUAUCCUCGGUAGAUCAACCAUUAAAGAUAGCCAAGGAUAAGGAAUCUGGCAAGGAUUAUCUCUUAUGUGAUUACAAUAGAGAUGGAGACUCCUAUAGAUCUCCUUGGAGCAAUACUUACGAUCCACCACUGGAGGAUGGCUCCAUGCCUUCUGAACGCCUGAGAAAACUGGAAAUAGAUGCCAACCAUGCUUUCGAUCAAUAUCGAGAGCUUUAUUUCGAAGGUGGAGUUUCUUCGGUGUACUUGUGGGACUUGGAUCAUGGGUUUGCAGCGGUGAUACUCAUCAAGAAGGCCGGCGAUGGUUCCAAGAAGAUUAAAGGAUGCUGGGACUCGAUACAUGUGGUGGAAGUGCAGGAGAAAUCAACUGGCCGUACUGCUCACUAUAAGCUCACAUCGACAGCUAUGCUCUGGCUGCAAACCAAUAAGCAUGGUUCUGGUACAAUGAAUUUGGGUGGCAGUCUGACGCGUCAGGUGGAACAAGACGCUCAGAUUAGCGAAACGUCUCCUCAUAUCGCGAAUAUUGGCAGAAUGGUCGAAGAUAUGGAAAACAAGAUACGCAACACGCUAAAUGAGAUUUACUUCGGUAAAACAAAGGAUAUUGUGAACGGAUUGCGAUCGGUACAAUCCUUGGCUGAUCAGAGACAGCAAGCUGCGCUCAGGCAGGAUCUUGCAGCUGCGCUGCAGAGGCGAAAUGCUAACAAUUGAUCUUGCGAGCAGCAGGAAAGCUUAAAUUAUGAUUACGAAUAGAUUUUAUUGUAUUUUUGAUGAUCCUUCGAUCUUACUUGGGAUCUUUCGAUUUUUACAGACGUCUCUUUAUAUUUUUGGAAUUUAUGGAAUCUUCAGAUUCUUAGAAAUUCUGAAUUUUUUGCUACAGUUUUCGGGUUUCUACCCAAGAGUCUUAAAAUCUGCUUGGAAGGUCAAACCGUAUCCACAAAACUCAUAAAAUCCUUGGAAUUGUUGUGGUCAGUCUAAGUUAUGGAACUGUGUAUGACACUUAUUAUCGCGCUUUGUUGCCUAGAGAGAGAAUUGAUCGUGGACGCGUUGAUUAAACCUAAACAGUAUGAAAUACUUUGUUUAAUUUGAAAUAAAAUAGAGUUUAUUGUAAAUAUGUGAGAAAGGUGCAACGCGUUUUAGAACGAUAAAUUAGAUAAAAGAAAACGAUGUAAAAAAAAUGGCAGUUAUAAUCAGUCAGUUAUAGCCUAACCUUUAUUAUAGCCUUUACUAUGUAAAAGAACCUCGAAAACACACAUUUAACAAUCAAUUCUUCCUUUUAGUUUGUAUUAAGUUUGACAAAUACGGAAAGAAUGGUAACAAGUCCGUAACAUUUUCGAGAAAUAUUAAUGUAUAUUCAACUUGUACUGUUUAGGAUUAAAUUUAAAAGCGCGUGAUUAAGCGCGUAAUUAAACGGUAUAAAACUGUUAAUAUGAAGUUGUAAGAGAAAUAUCGCAUCGCAGUUGUAACAAGAAAUUCAUCAUUUACUUUGUAAAUGAGAAAAACUUGUUGUGAAAAUCACAUAUAGAAAUUAUAAAUUCUAUUCAUUUAUAAUUAUUCGUAUUUAAACGCAACAAUAAAUUCUUUAAAUACGAGGAAGCGACCGAUUUUGAAGAUUUUUGUACCGUCUGGAUAUAUCGAAGAAUAUAUCCUGUUUAUACUAUUUAAAAUGAAAUUUGAAGAGUACAGUUAAUUCUCUAAGGGACAGUAUAAAACGAUUUAUUUACUUAAGAGUCCAAAAGAAACGGUUGCAUUUGUUAUAAUAAUGAAUCCAUAUAUAGUGCGCAAAUAAAAGUUUUCAGAUUAAAUUUUAUUUGUUUAUAUUAAAUUUCAUUAAGUAUAAAAAUCUGUCCGUACCAUGGAUCCUUGAAGCCAUAGAUUGAUACCUUUAUUACCAGAGUUUCUCAUACAUACAUGGCGUUACAGGAUGUCCUGGCAUAUUUGGAUCUUUGAUACUACAGAUCUUUGAACUGUAAUAAAUUAUUAUGAUGAUAAAGAUUGCCAGUACCAUGAAUCUUGUAUCUCGGAAAACUGAUGGUUGUCACGAAUUUUUCUUUUACUCCCAUUAUCCUUGGAUCCCUUCACACAUCGUGUGUGUGUGCGUGGUGUGUGUGUGUAUGCGUGUGUGUGUCUGUGUCUGGCUGUGUGAGAUGUAUCAAAGAUUCUUGGUACUGUAAAUCUAUGAACUCUCGUGAACGACUGCGCAACCAUACAUAUCGAGAAUCUCGCAUAUUCUAGAAUAUAUGGGCGCUUAGAUUGUUUCUCAUAAUGAAGAGACACGCAAAAAUACUGCGGGCAGAAUUUAUAAGUACGUAAAGAAAAGAAAAGCGGUUUUUGUGUUAGUGCCUUGAAUUACAUCACCGAUUGUUACUCGUAACUUAUAUUCCUUUCGUAAUUCUACUAUUACAUGAAUUAACUUAAUGACAUAAUUUAACACUUUGCAAAUUUCGUAUGAUGGCAGUGUGUGGACGAGUCAGUCUAAGAAAGGACUAAAAAAGACGUUACCAUGUCGCUCCUGUGAAUAUUUUUUCUACUAUCUAUACUAUUUUCUUUUUUUUGUUUGUAUUAAUGCUGUUUUUCUCUCGGUUAUUAUUAACAAUCGAAAGAAUUAUGAGCCUGGUCCAA